AUGGCGACGUCAGUAGAGCUCUUUAGCACAUCUAUCCUAUCCAACAUCAAAGUCCGCUCCAGACAUGAGCGCUUCGUAUCGGUGUUGACUGUCAAAAAGGUGGGUUGCCAUGAGCAUCGCUGUGUAGCGAGUCUCUAGUCAAUUUGCUAAGAUCGGAAUCGGCUCGCUGCACAGGUCCCCUACAUCUACCAUGAUCUAGCUAGCGACGAGGAUGCAAAGAGCAGGUGGAGGAGAAAGGUGAGUAAGACAGACUGCCCAAGUUUCUGCGUUAUACACACCUCUGACUCCUUCUUGGUUCGCUUCUUGGUACGCUAAUCAAUCACUGGCAGGCGCGAGAUCCUCAAAUACCCGGACUGCUGGUGAACAACGAGUGGAGGGGGACUUUCGAAGAAUUCGAAGAGGCAGUAGAGUUCGGCGAGCUGGAUCUGUUCUUGCGCGUCGACGAUGGGCGAACCUCUGCACAAGCACCGGCAUCAGCUGAUGCCCCGUCGGCUGCGACGGGUGAAGGCGCCAAUGGAGAAACAAGCCGUGCCAGCACCAUUACUGAAGGUAGCAGCAAUGAGGAGUCGAAACCGCCUGCUACUGGCAAGCACUUGGCUCCGAUCGGUCUGGCUAAGCCUCGGUCUGUGUCAGAUAGGGGCCCAGUUGCAGCGCCGACAGUAGCACUACCUCACGCUCCCACCGGCGCUGGCAAGCGGGAGCAAGCAAGCGUCGAAGAUUUGAUGGAAAGCUUCGAUGCCAACUCUCUCGACCUCAAUGACGACGACGUCGACGCCAUGCUUGCUGAGAUCUCAGCGUUGAGUCUCUCUGACUCUAAGAGGAGAGAAGAAGAAAAGGCAAAGGCGAAGGCACUGGCAGCCGCCGAGUCUCAGGACCACAGAAAACGGGGCUUGUAUCCCCAGCUUGGCAUCACACGGCAAGCGCCUGUGCCUCGCACGUACAUUCCUUCAGCAAAUGCGGGAGUAGCUCCACUGAAGCUUGCGAAGAUGGGCACGGGCAGCGCCAGCGCUGUUUCGUCGAGAAGCAUGAGCGAAAGUUCUUCUUCUGCCUCGGACAGCUCUGCAUCUAGGCUGGCUCGCUACAAUGCGAGUCAGAUGUCGUCCAAAGCCCUCGUUGCCGAGGCUUCCUCUGCCGCUACGGCAAGGGGUGCAUCAUCAUCAGCCAUAGCCAAAAUGAUUGCAGAAGGCGGAAGCCUGUCGGAAGCUCUCACGGCAUCGCGAUCUGACGCGAUCGUUGGUCACGAAGAUGCCGAUGCACUCCUGGCUAGCUUGGGAUUGGCAGACAUUCAGCUUACGCCAGACGAAGCUGAAGCUUUCAUAUCACACGGAACGAUCCCAGAGGGAGCAAGCAGCGGGGGAGCGCGCCUGAAGCGCGUGCAAAGCAAAGCGGAACGAGCGCGUGACGAAGUCGGUGCAAGGGAGGUGGCCAGACGAGCGCGAGAGAGAGGAGCGGGCGGCAGCGUUUCUAGCAUCAGCAGCUUCAACAGUAGUGAAAAUGCGCGACAGCGCUCAAAGAGUCCCCUGGUCUCUGCAGAGACGGAGUUACCAGUUCCCGUCUCUGCUCACGAUGACGCAGCGAACGAUGCGGACUUGCUGACAGGUGCCAAGCCAAGCGCUGAGGAACCCAAGAGCAGCAAGAAGGACGAUACUACAAUCAUUCCCGAGAAUGCAAUUGUGACAUCUCCCUUCGACAAGGAUGCAAAGGUAGACAAAGACACCCCGACAGCCUCCGAGGAUCAUCGUCUUGUUUUGCCCCCUUCCAAGGAAGAGGUAUGUGUCUCUUCAGGUCAGGAUAUCGCCGCGGAAGCUACCCAAGAGCUGGAGCUCGACAGUAAGCCCGCAGAUACACCGGAUAGCAGUGUGAUCGACUCAAAUGUUGGCGAUGGUGAUCCAGCCGGAAGCGCAAGCGACGUCUUGCCGAUCCAAACGAGCACGAGCCCACAUUUGAAGCCCAGGUCGGAGUCUGCGUCGGAGCCCGCUGCGCCGUUCAGCAACCCUCCUGUGGAGCCUGACGAGACGCCGCGAGCCAAACAGGCUGAGUUGCCUGAUGUGGACGACGUUCCUGCUGCAAAUCAACCCCCACCAAACACGGAUGAUGCGGAGGAGGCCGAGGCAGCAGUUGCUGAGCUACCGGUUCGCAGCAUACAAGAUUUCGACAAACGAACAUCUAGACCAAUGUCCAAAUUCGUGGGUGGUGCAGAAACCGAUGCUGCCAUCGCGCUGAUGCUGCACGAAGGGGAAGUCCAUCGUAACACAGAAGUUGAUGGUGCCGAUGGGUCUAAGGUCGAGGGUGCGAAUGGAUCAGCAGCCGAUGGCAAACCACUACCUCCCACGUUAGACCUAAGCGGUAUCAGCAACGACCCUCAAGAGCCAGGUGCUUCGCCUUCAACAUUGGGGGCUAGUGCCAAGCAGCUACACUCACCUCAUGGCUCGCCAGAAGUGGUGAAAGAGGAGGCUCGGGGCAGCGAAAACCCUUCCGGUGCAGACUCAUCGCAAAGUGCGAAUCAUGCCGCUACGUCUCCGCCAAGCCGACCACGACCCUCUCGCUCCAGCACCAACAUGAAAUCUCCCCCCGCCUCGGCAUCUUCGCGUCGUGCUAUUGAUGUGCAGCGAAGGGACGGCAGCUCCAGCUCUCCGAUGACGCCGUCUCACUCUGGACCGUCAUUGAGCUCCAGUCCACCUCCUCCUUCGCCUCACUCUGCCUCCAGUCGUCAUUCCAGCAGCGGCCCUGACUCUUCACUCUCGCACGCGCAUUCCUCUGGCUCAAUUUCCGCCUCUGGUCCUCCCAAGAAGGGUCGCUUUAGUCUGGCCAAAUUUGGCAAAGGAAAGAACGAGAAGGUGACUUCUCCACUCAGUCCUAGCUCCAGCGGGAGUGGCAAAGACUCCUUCUUCGGAUCAGUUGGCAGGAGCAAGAGCUCCAUUUCUGACGAGAGGAAAUCCUCAUCCACCGUCAGCCGAGAAGAUAGGAUGCACAAGACCCUCAGUCAGAUCCUGCGCGAUGCGGAUGCCGCUAUGGCGGAUCUGGACAACGAUAAUGAUGCUGCUUCUAUCAUGAGCAAAGACGACGGUCUGUCUUGGGAAGGCGAUGACGACGACGAUGAUGAUGGCGGACCUCGAGAUUUUGACGUCAAAAUCCCAGCAUAG